AUCUUGCUCCAGCUGCUUGUCAGCGCACCUCUGGGCUUGUUGCUGCUUCAUACUGCACACUGAAAAUAAAGGAAAUCCCCAGGCUGCAGUGUACGGGCAUUAAAGUCAUCUUGCUAAUUGAGAAUGGAGAAGGUUGUUGCUUGUCUAUACAGAAGGCCUAAUGCGCUUUAUAGGCUGAUUUGCUUCCCCUGGGCUGGAAGUGGCGCUACCCAUUUUGCACAAUGGGGGAAACACUUUGACAACUCAACAGAAGUUUAUUCUAUAAGUUUUCCUGGAAGAGGAUCUCGUGUUAAUGUCUUUGCAAAAGACAUGAAAACUAUUGUUAAUGACAUUACUAGUGUUUUGCUUCAAGACUUGCAAGAGAAACCUUUUGCAUUAUUUGGUCACAGUUUUGGAUCAUAUGUUAGUUUUGCGGUUGCACUACACUUGAAAGAAAAAUAUGGAUUACAACCAGUGCAUCUUUUUAUAUCAAGCGGAAGUGCCCCACAUACAACAUUUUGUUAUCCUCUCCACACGAUAAAAGACCAAGAUGAAGAAGAAAUUGUCAAAGGGAUACAGUCUCUUGGAGGUACUCCUCCUGACUUUCUGCAGAACAAAAAUGUUAUGAAACACUUCAUUCCUGCAUUAAGAGCAGAUUUGGCAGUUAUUCAGUCCUUUCUCUUUGAGGAAUAGGUAAUGGAUGGUCUCUCUUGUGACCUUACAUGCUUUGCUGGGUCUGAAGAUUUGCCAUUGGAUUUAGAAUCAUGGAAAGAUGUAACAAGUGGAGAUAUCACUAUUCACAAGCUUCCUGGAGGACACUUUUAUCUGCUGGACCCUGCUAAUGAAAUUUUCCUGAUAGACUAUAUGAAAAAAAUUUAUAGGAACUGCUGAUCUCUGAGUAUUUGCCUUUAUUUUGCUGGGAGAGGGGUCAAAGAUUAGUCCAAAGCAGUAAAUAAUACAAAAUAUUUUUUAUACACAUUUACAACUACCACAGUGACAAAGUAAGCAACUUUCUGUAGCAACAGGGCUAACAGUUGAUGUAUUAAUACAGGUGCAUCCUACAGCCAAAGGUUUUUCCAGGAUAUAAUUUAUGACGAUACUUAGGGAAAUCCUGAUUCUUAAAAAUAAACAGCCAGUACAUUAA